AUGGAGGUUUUCUCAGGAGAUAAUGACGAAAACACAGACGACAUUCCGGGACGUAGGAAGUGGAAGCUGACGUCUCUGAAGACUCGUCUUCUUGGGAAGAGUCAGAUCUCCGGUGACGGAGCAGGGGCCAAGCUGAGCCACUCAGAGAGCGACAUCACUGCGGCGGAGGGUCUGGGGUCAGACGAGGACCUGGCCAGCAGCCAGGGGAUGAUCGGAUCGCGGACGCUGUCCCACGACAGCAUCUUCCUGUCCGACCCGGUGGAGACCGACGCUCAGCCGGCCAGAGUUCUGUCCCAGGAAAAUGUUCACAGCAAGAUCAAAGCCCUGCAGCUGAAGCUCCAGCAGCAGAAGAUGCACCUGGGCCCGCCGCCCUUGGUUCUGCCCAUCAGGCGCCCGGAGGGUGGGGAGGCCCAGGCGGAGGACAGGAAACCCCACAGCCCUCCUGGAGAGCCCGGAGCUGACGUCCCGCCGCAGGGAGGCCUCCUCAAGGAUUCCUUCCAGAUGAUGCCCCAGCCGGGCCCUGGUCCACUCUCCCCCUCCGUCAAGCCUCUGUCGCCGGCUCCGUCCCAUCCCGUCCCCCUCCCCGUCUUCUCCAAUCCCCCGUCUUCGUCGUCCUCCUCGUCUGUGGAGCCCCCGUUGGACUUCAGCUCUCCGGCUCACUUCACGGCCUGCCUGGACUCCUCCGCUGCCCGGCACCGCAUGCUGGUCAAACCCCGGAACCAGAGAGCCAGCAGCAAGAAGAAGCCGGCUGUGGUUCAGGCUUCAUCCGAACCAGAAACCAGGAACAGCACUGAUGUGUUUGAGUCUGUGAAGGAAGGCGAGCAGCAGCCGGACGCUCGGGACGAGGAGACGGCGGAGGGACACCAGGGGCGGGCGGACCCCUCUACCUCUCAGGAUCUCCCAUCUAAACCUGAGGAGGCGGCACCAGCAUCCAAACCGGCACAUUUCCCCCAGCAGGACGAUGUUCUUCCCUCUGUGGCCUCCCAGCUGCUUCGAGCGAAGCCUCACAGACCUGUGGACGUACGGCCCGGCGAGCGACCGCACUCCUCCUGCCUGGAGGCCGCAGCAGACGGAAAGAGAGACAGCGAGGUCCAGGAGUUUCCCCGCGAAAAACCGAACGCCGUCAGCAAACCGGGACUGGCCGAAGCCUCCUCCCACCCGCCGCCGGCUCCCCUCGGCUCUUCGUCUGGGUCCAGGUCCUCCGCUCUCAGGCAGGCCCCGGCCGAAGACGAGAGAACCAGAGGCAUCAGCAGACCUGCUCUGGGAUCCGGAUCCUUCCAUUUCUCCAUCACCACCGCCAGGAGCCGCGACGGAGAGCGCCCUCGCUCGGGAAGCUUUGUGGGAGUGAUGGAGCAGGUGGAGUCCUGGCAGAGGACGACCAGAGAACACGAGGAGAAGGCCACGAGGGAGAAGGAGGAACCUCGAGGCCUUCAGCCCCGGGGGGGGCUCUUCACCGCCGGGAGGGUAAAGCCGGACGGCGCGCCGCCAAAGAUCCCGGCCACUGCGUUGGACAAGAGGGACAGUCUGAAGAGAGUGGCUGCUAAAAACAUCGACACGGCCGAGGAGGCGGAGGCGACGACGAGCCAGGAGGUGGUGGAGGUGGCCGAGGAGGCCAGGGAGGUUCAGGAGGUUCAGGAGGAGGAAGGAAAGACGGCCUUCGGGGUUAAGCUGCGCUCCACAUCCCAGUCGAUCAGACAGCGGGCUGAUAGCUGUUCUCGGAAUCAGUCCAAGACGACGUUACCGGACGAUCAGUGCGACGCACAGAAGAGACAAGACACGAGCCAGUCUGUCCCUGGAAAGCUGCAGACGAACCGUUCGUCUUCAGCAUCCUCGUCUCGUGACCACAGACCAACAGAUCCAGACCCCCCGGGCCGGUCCGCUGCAGUGGAGGAUACCCCCAAAGAGCCGGAGCCUCAGCCCGCCCCGCAGGCUUCCUCCUCGGAGGUGUCCUGGAUGAGUAUGGCCAUGGAGAAGACCAGGAGCCUGCAGCAGCUCUUCACCAGCAGAUUCCCCAUGCAGACUGCAGGCCGGCCACAGGCGGCGCCGCCUGCCUCCAGCCUGACGGAGGCUGUGGCCGUCACACAGAGCGCAAACACACAGCAGCAUCCUGCAAGUCAGCCAGCGGCCGACCCUCAAAGCAGAGUUUCCAUCAGAGAGGACAGAGAGGCGGCCGUGCAGAGGGACAGCCCCUCACUGACUGCCAGACGGGUGGUCUGGACCGGGUCGGCGAGCGACAGGGCCGCUCUCCUGGAGAGACGGGCAGAGUGGAGAUCAGCGCCUGGACCCAAUGGGGUGGAACUCAGAAAAGCACAAACAGAAGUUCAGACGUCAGCUGAACUUCCUGUGGUGGCGAAAAUCCCUCCUUCAAGCAGAGACACGGUGCCUGAAGGGAGACCAGGGGUCACACUGAGAGAUUCAAGUCCAACCAAAAUCCCAGAAAAUCUUCGUGAGGACAAGUGGCCGAGGAAGAGUGUGGCUCAGACUUCGUCGCCAUCGUCCUCUCCCACCAUGCCAUCAGUGCUGCAGUCCAUGUCCGACAGCGGCCAGCCGUCCUGGAUGGAGCUGGCCAAGAGGAAGUCAAUGGCCUGGAGUGAUAAGACCAUGGACUGAACAGUGGACCUCAUCAGCGAGACGUGGUGGACAUGGAGACAGCAAUAUAAAAAAAUCCCUGCAUGGAAUCCCUGCCUUUUUUUAAAGUUUAUGUGAUUCAGUUUUUGUACAUUAUUGUGUGGAUGUUGUGUUUGUAAAUUGCUUGAGGAAAGAAAUCAGAGUAUAAUGAGAGUUUAAUAUAAUUCCUUUAACCAUUAUCACUUUGAGAAAAAAGGAUGUUUAUGAAUAACUUAUUAUGCAGUCCAGCAUUUCAUUGUUGGCUUAACAAAAAGG